AUGGAGACGAUUCGGGACUUCAACAAACCCGCUAACUUUCGAGCGGCGUUCGACUACAGCAUCAUCCAUUCGCAACCCUUCACCUUCCUCGUCGGCCCCAACCACACCCAAUUGACCAUCCAGUCCGCGCUGGUCAAGCAUGUCUCGAAACCGCUCGACCAUCUCAUGAACAAUGGCGAGACCCGCGAGUCCAAGGUCCGCAUCGCCGUGCUGGAGGAAGAGGAGGUCGAGGUCUUCGUCGCCUUCUGCGAGUACGCCUACACCAACGACUACACCGUGCCGCCGGGCCCGCAGCCCGACUCGCCCCCGCAGGCGUCUGAUCCCUGGAAGCACCAGGCCGGAGGAAGCCAGGCUGGCUGCGUGCCUCCGCCCGCGCCGUCGCCUCCUCUCGAGCCGACGACGCCAGGCGACGACAGCAAGAUCGAAGGAGGCGCGGAGGAUCAAGGAGAAGAGCCCGCUGGUGACGACGGAAAUGCCCCCGCGGGGCAGGAGGACGAGGGCUUGACGUUUGGCACCGAGAAGAAGGGCAAGAAGAAGGGCAAGAAAGACAAGAAGAAGUCCAAGGGAGGCGUCGUUUUCGACGAGGCUGCCAAUCUGACGCCUCCGUCCACGCCGCCGCCAGAAGGCAAGGAGGACGACGGCCCGAAAGACGAGACCGCCGAGGACGCGCCCAAGGACGACGCCGCAGCGCAGGACAUCGCUGUCGAGACGGAUCCCGGCGAGACAGAAGAGUGGUGGAAUCAGCAGCCCGCCGCUGGGAAUGACGGCGCUGCAGAGAAGAAAGAGGAGCCUCGAAAUGUGCCCGUGAUCGACACGUCGUUUGCGCCGCAGCCCCUUGCUCCUCGUCGCUCCAAGGGGGGCAAUCCCUGGGACGACUUUGCGAGCCUCGAAUACGUCCACGAGCUGCCGACACAGCGCGACCCGACGAUAAAACGGCCAGCGCCGGACCCCCGGGUGCCAUACCUGCUCUUCCACGCCAAAGUCUACGUCUUCGCGACGCGCUAUCUCAUCCCGGGGCUGGCGCAGCUGUGUCUGAAGAAGCUGCACCGGGAGCUGCUGAACCUGUCGCUGACGCCGGUCAGUCGCGAGGAGGACGAGGAGGAGGCCCUCAAGUUCGAGGCCCGCGCGAAGAUGAUCCUCGACCUGCUGCACUACACCUACGGCCGGACGGCUCGUCUGGAGCCCGUGUGCCAGACGGAGGCGACCAUGCUGCGCGAGAGCGAGCUGCGCAAGCUGGUGACGCAGUAUGCAGCCUGCAAGAUGAAGGAGCUGGCCGCAUACUCGCCUGCUGCUGUCGGCGCGCCGGCGUUCGGCCUGCGCGAGUUGCUCGACACGACCACCGAGCUGGCCUCCGAUCUGAUAUACCGGCUUAUGUCUUCGCAUCUGUGA